AUGGUAUAUGGUUACCACAACAACGACAACUUCCGAUCUGACCUCUUUGUCUCCAACUCUGCCGACCACGAGUCUUUUUCUCCAACUGCGCCGACGAGUCACGAUAGCUCUGUAUCUACUACUGCAUUCAGUUCACGUUGUCACAGGCCUCGACGACCUGAAGAUGUCAAGGAGAUUCAUAAUGUAAACAAACUGCGAGCAGAAACAUGUGGAUGUAAAGGAUUAUAUAAUGGGAAACCAUGCUCAUCAGUAGUUGAUUUUGAAAAACUGUUAGCUUACAGACAAAACUGCAUGGACCUUUCAAAUGAUGAAAGAGAACUUGUUAUUAAGAGUCUUUUGCUUGCCCAUAGAGUUACCACUGGCAAAAUAUUGUCCAAUAAGAAAUCACAAAAGACCCGUGUGAAACCAUCGCAGAUGUAUUAUUUUAUGGGACACAAAAUCUGUAAAACCACAUUUAUUUUUGCACAUGCAACAUCUUACUGCAGUUUGCAAAGAAUGGCAAAAUCACUGGAUUCUGAGGGGAUAAAGCCCAGAAUUCAUGGGAAUAAGCACAAGGCCCCAGCUAACGCCCUUAGCUUUACAGACCGAAGCAGGUUGAAAACCUUUAUUGAAAAUUAUGCAACAGACAAUGCUUUGCCAUUGCCAGGUCGGCUCCCUCAUUGCCCAAAUCAGACUGUUCUUUUAUUGCCAUCUGAUGUUAACAUUUCUGAAAUUCAUGAAAUAUAUCAGGAAAGUGCUGUUGAGACUGGCUAUAGACAAGUGUGUCUUAAAACAUUUCGAAACAUUUGGAAUGAACUUUGCCCUCACAUAGCCUUGGCAAAGCCAACGACAGACCUUUGUUUUAAAUGCCAAAAAUUUGGUGUAAAAUUGGGAAAGUCGGGUCAGCUAAGUGAUGAAGAUAAAAAUGAACUUGUAAGUGAGUACGAGGCUCAUCUAAGCACUGCAAAAAAACAAAGAGAGCAGUACAAGGAGUUAACUGCUGCAAGCAAAGAUGUUCAUAGCAGUGAAAUUCUUUCACAAGGUUAGAGCCAUUCCAAAACCAAAAUAAGAUUUAUAUGUUAAUAUAUUGAUCAAAAAUAUUUGUUCUGAGUACACUUGUCUGUGCCACAAUUAAUUAUUAUUUACCCUAACAUUUUCUGAUACAGUGUAUAUUACUAUCAUUUGAAAGUUACUGAA